CAAUGAUUGACGAGCGGGCGGGCGGCGGCACCUCUAAACGCCUGGCGGCUGACUGCUGACGUCAUCGCACACGCAAUGCCACAGUAAGGAGCAAUGCGCAAAAAACCCCCGAGAUGCGGCAUUCGAAUUCACUACAAAACAGACUCAGCCAAAGUGGUAUGAGGCGUAGAUCAGUGAAGGAAGAAGCAAGCAGGCUCUGAGGGACUGGAGGCCUUUCCUGAGGGCGUGAAGACUGCUGAUUUCUCCAACUUCAUAAAAGAGCAGUGCCCGAAUGGGAAACAUGAAUGGAGAGCCUACUAGAGACGAGUUACGAGAGCGGGCAAACCGAGCGUUGGCGGACUUGGCAGCCUAUCAGGGGGGGGGCAGCUACGUCUGGGUAGUGGUUCGCGAAGGGGAGAAAAUAGGGGGGUGCUCCACCAACCUGCGGCCGUACCAGGACGCGUUUGAGAACGAGGUUAUGCAGGCUGUACCGAUGGAGAUCUGUGCGACUGGCGACGCGCUCCCAAAGACGGAGGCGACCUUUGCUCAGAACACCAGGACAAGGCACACGGACCUGCACCCCAUCGUGGCCGUUCUCAUGGCGAAGCUGAACGAGAUCAACGGCCACAACUCGCCCAGGACAAUGGCCAUCAAACACCCCGACACGCUCCCCCUCUGGUUCCCGCACCGCCCCAAAGUCUACGCGGAGCGCACGCAGGCCAUGUCCCUCCCGCAGCUCUUCCAGGUCCUCGACGCCAUCUUCGGCCACGUCAGGCGCCACGUGGCGGCCAUCCAUUCGCUGCACUCCGCCGUGGCCUCCCACUUCCGCGUCUCCUCCGUGCCCACGCGCACGCGCGCGUGCUUCGAGGCUUUCUUCGACUUUCUCAGAAGGGAGGCCGAAGAGAUCGGGGGAAAGCCCCGGGGGGCGAGGAGUACCCCCCGGGGGGGCGUUUCUCCCUCGGUUGGCACCCCCCCGGGAGCACGACUACCCGCCGCGAAAAGCCCUGGGGAAGCGAACGGGACAACCCCCCGGGGAGGCCCACGACGGCGCGGGCUCAGGAACAGCCCGACCCCGGAGAGGACUCCGGCGGGGGGGUUGUUUUUGCCGUCUCCGGGCCCCCACCCGUCGGAGAUGGUGGGCGAUUUGGACGAAGAUGUGCCCAUCCUGGACAAUCCCAAGUCGACGAUCACCCGGGGGCGGCGGGCGAAGAAGGGCGACCAAAUAGCGGGCGGAGCAGGCAAAGCGUCGCCAAAGACGGAGUCAGAAAGUCCCUGGGCCGAAGAGGAUGAGCUUGCGAGGGGCGUGAGCCGCUCGUACAAAAGAAGAAGGGAGAGCUCGAGAAUUCCGCCCGGGAGUUUCGGAGGAGCCGGGACUCCCGGAAAGAGAACUAGAGUGAAGACCGAAGUGGACGACGCGUUCGCCGGGAGGGCUGAGUCCGACUUGAGCGCGCACUCAAGCACGCCACGUGUCGACGUGCCGUUGGCCAUGGCGGAAUGCGCUGAAAGCAGGCCGGAGAUCCAGUCCAACGGGGUUGGGGUCGAGCAUUCCGGCGGAGCGGGACCGGAAUUGGGCGGAAAAGGUUGGGAUGACGGAGACAGCGAACAUAGUUUUGACCAGUUAUUGAAUAACGUGGACUGGGAGCAGGUAGAGAAUGGAUUGAGGGCGGAAACGGAGGACGCCGGAAGCGGCGGAAUGGAUCGGGGCUGACAAUUAAGUUGGCGAGAUGGUAAAGCUGUAGACUCGGCUGACUGAAGCGCCACAUUAUAAGCAGGAUUGAAAGACUUGCUUUCUGGUUAAAACAUGGGCUACGAGAUUUUGGCUGCCUGCUUUCAUGUGAUUUAUCACAAACACUUGCUAGGAGGGCCUGUCUAGAUGCACACCUUGACAUUUAUCUGCUGUGUUUGCUUGACACUGAUAAGGCGUUAAAGUUUCUCGAGCGGAGAGACUUUGUAUAGGGAAGCUGGGUAAGUGUAAGUAGAGUGACGCGAACUCGGGAUAUCCUGAUUUGCUCUCCAUAUAGGUAUUUUCAAUCUCUUCGUUCUUUUGCGUUACCUGGAUGAGAAGCCCGGCAGAGUCGAAACGAUCAGACGCGAUUGACCAGAGCCAAACGGAUCCAAACCCCGCAUAAGGUGCCCAUGCGCUUGGAACCCCCGCCGACGAAGCCCGUAAUGCAUAAGACACUGGUGAGACUUCCAACUCAGGGCAGUAGGAUACGAGAGCUGAGAUGAAAGACUGCCCGCUUAUAUUUGACACGUU